UCCUCUCUGUGGGAAGUCUGGCUGCAGGCUGUUAGUAAGGAAAACGAAAGUGCUUUAUUUGCACUAAACACAAUGGCGUCUGCAUCUCAGUCUGAUUCUGAGGACAUUUCAGCGAAUGAAUCUGAUGUUACUGAGUCGGACAGUGACCAACUCUCAGAUUUAGAGGCUGACCAUCAGGUUUAUGGGAACGGGCCCUGCAAGUAUUAUAACCGUGGUGGGUGUAAGAAUGGGGGGAGAUGCACUUACCUGCACAUCUGCAAGUAUUUUCUGAAAGGAAGCUGCCGCUAUGGGUCCACAUGUAAGCUAAACCACUCUUUAGGCACAGGGCCAUCUUCUAGGAUGGGCAGCUGGAAUCUGGACCAAUCAAGCAACCCAACGCUUACUGAUGGCAGAUGCUACCAGUGGCAGUUAAAUGAUAAAAAAGGCUGGAAAGAUAUUGAAAAUGAUUACAUCCUCGAGGCCCAGUACUCGCUGCCUCACGUCAAAAGCAUCAAAAUCUACAACACCGCAUACGGGGCAGUAAGCAUAGAUUUUACCAGGAUGAGAGAGUAUGGAAAAAACCUGGAAGUGAGGCGUUUGGAUGAUGGACAAACUGAGUGGGUCUGGUACUGCACCCUGAAGCGUAAAUGGAUCAAGUAUGGAGACAAGGAUUCUAAGGGCAACCCCAGUCCAACGACGAGCUCUGACAUAGAGAAGGAGUUCCAGAGUGACCCAAAAAGCUCUUUUACUUUCAGCAUUGGUGGUGAAACCUUUGAGAUUAAAUUCAAAGAAAUGAAGCAGGUUGGUACAAAGAAAAGGAGGAAAGUCACUCGACGGCCAGUUUUUAGACCACCAGCAGGGUUAGGAGUUGUUCAAGCAGCCUCGGCUUUACAGCGAGUUUCUUUGGGCUCUAAACCACAGUGGGAGUUUGAAGGAGACAGAGGCAAAUGGCACAAGUUCAAAUCCAGGGAUGGCACUUCGACUGAGUGUUCAGUAACCAGUGAUGACAUUGAGAGGAAGUACCAACUAAACAACCGUGACAUCAUGACGUUCAAAGUGAACAGAGACUCCUACAAGCUCGACUUUGGAGCAAUGAUCCAGACCAACCUCCAAACCAAACACACACGCAGGAUCAGGCGUGUUCUGGUGUGACCAUUAAAUAUAAUUCCACAAAAUCAAGAAGGCAAGAGACGUGUGAUCCUGUGCUUUUUCCAUUGUUAAAGGAUGUUUUCAUUGUUGGUUUAUAUUAGAGUAGUUUCUACAUGGGAAAUUUAAUGUUUAAUGUGUUUACAUUCUGAAAGAUUCAGCAAGCUUUAAGGUUAACAAGCACAAACAUAAAUGCUGCUGAUAAUCCUGCUUUGCAGGGAUGUACUGUGCCUGCUUGCCAGAGUGACUGUUUCUAUCCUAUCAGAUUUGUUUGAUGACACAUAUCAUUUAUUUCACACUGCCAGACCAAGAGGAUGCACAUUAUUUUUAUUGGCUAAAACUAAUAAAGAAGCUGUCAUGCUUACGUAACAGAGAAAAAUAAGAAUUUUUUUAAUUCAGUGUCAUUUUGCGUGUUAUUUUAAGUUGUUACUCUUCAUGUUUCAGUCACAUGUGAACACCUUACGAAUUUUAAAAUUUAAAUUUUAAAUUUUGUGCAAAUUUGAACUCCUCACGCUUCUUUACAUUGUGCCACAUUCUGUUCUCAUGUCAUUUUUUCAUAGGAAAUUAAAGAAAUUAAAAUUCUAUGUUCACAGUUUUUAAGGCAAAGAAAUACUAUAUACUAUAUAUUCCGAUAAAUCUAUAAAUCAAAUUAUUUUUAGUUUGAUUUUUUUCUUCUAAUUCUUUGAUUUAACUUAAGAAUUUUAAGAACAUUUGUCAGCAGUUGGGGGGAUUAUGAUUGUAAUGUAUGUAAGGAAUAACGUGCAUUUAUUAUGCACAGAAAUAAAGGUGGAAGAUUUGAAAAGGCUGCUGUUGUGAUUCUCUA